AUGAGCUCCUUUGACGCUGAUGAGAUAAUUGACCCCACUGACGUUGAGUUUUUCAAGUUUUCAGGCCUCGUUCCCGAUGCCAAAGUGUCCAUUCAACAAGAACCCUUUGAUACAGCAAACUAUCCAGCCACCGUGUCCUUGCUGGCUUGUUCAAACAAGUUUGGUCACUUUGUUGCCGCUACAAAGCAUGGUUUCAUUUUCGGCUUGACAAAGGCGCUUCGUACUACUUUUUACAGCGCAAACAAGGGCGAGAUAAAGCAGCUUCCCGACGACGACAGAGUAUCAGUGUCUCUUACAAAUGCCAUCAGACAAAUCAGGUUUUCAGCAGACGAGAAACACAUCUUGAUUGCCUGUGAUGGCGGCAGUUUGUCUGUCUACAGCACAGACGACAUCCAAAGUCAGAAAGGGAAUGUGAAGCCUGUCAAUACCUUUGAAUUGGGCAGCGAUGUGGUUGAUGUACGACCCAACCCUGAAGCAUACGGCAACAUAGCAGCAGUGUUAUACACAAACCAGCAUUGCGCUUUGAUUGAUUUCACCACUGGAAAUAUAGAAUGCACUUUUCCUUUGGACAAUGUUACAGCCAUCUGUUGGUCAUUCAAGGGAAAGCAAAUUGUCUGCGGUAAAAGCGAUGGUGGGCUCCAACAUUUCGACAUCAAGGGCGCAGUGAAGGACAGUUUGCCCAUACCAGAAGCGAUGAGUGCUGGCCACGGCGAUGAAGUAGAAAAUAGAUAUGUGUGCGAUGUCUUGUGGAUCGAAAACCACAUCUUCCUUGCCUUGUACGCCCGCAAACGCAACAGCAAUGAAGACGACUAUAUCAACGAUGGAUACAUCAUCAACAGAAAGCCUGCCACUGGCACGGAUCCCGUCUACACUCGUCUUGCUGAGAUCACACCUAUUUUCACAACAGAAGGACGUGGCAAUCACUUCUAUAUGGAGACAAUUCGUGGGCUUGGAAAGGAGAUCCAGCAUCUCAUCAUCAUUGCCAAUGCAGCUACCAGUGAGGUUUCAGUUGUAGGUCAUGAUGAGCAUGGUGAAUGGGCUACAUGGCAGCUGCCUGAGAAUGGCAUGGCUAAUUUACCCUUAUCCCCAACGACAUCCAUAGACACUUUCCCUGUGGGUUUGGCUUUGGACUUGACUGCAGAUGAAAAGUUGCCUGCUUUUGAUCCCAGUGAGAAGGAUGUUGGUGUAGAGCCCAUGCCUGUAUUCUACUAUCUCAAUGAUGAUGGCGAGAUUGGCUCCUUCCACUGUUACAACAGCGAGCUGGCUCGAAGAGGCGAGUCCUUUAAGAGUGAAUCAACCACAACAGCGCCUGCUGUGGCACCAGCUCCAGCUGCCACCGCACCAGCUCCUUCUGGUUUCUCUGCAUUUGGCGCUGCUUCUACCUCCAACAAUGCAUUCGCAGAUCUCUUGUCUGGUAAGAACGCAACGCCUGCUGUAACAUCUUCUAGCACGGGUGGCGGAUUUGGAGGAUUCGGUGGAUUUGGAUCUGCUACAGGAGGAAGCAUUCCAUCUUUUUCAAAUCUAGGAUCUGCACCCAAAAUCUCUGCUUCACCUGCGUUUGGCUCUUCCAGUGGUUUUGGUUCUGCCUCUACUGCUCCUGCUGCUUCCACUCCAAGUAAGGAUACCGGCAAGCCCUUGUUUGGAUCAACCACUAGCUUUGGGGCUGCAAGCAAGAAUGAGACGCCUGCUUUUGGUUCUACAUCAAGCUUCGGGGCUUCUGCAAACAAGUCGAUCACUUCAUCAUUUGGAUCCACUUCCAGUUUGGGUGCAGCAGCUGCUAACCAAGCUACCACUUCACCCUUUGGUUCCUCAUCACCCUUUGGUUCCUCUUCAACCUUUGGUUCUGUCAAGAGCACUGCCUCCCCAUUCUCUGCCUCCACAACCAGUGCUUUUGGUGCACCUGCUCAGACACCCACACCAGCUACUGCCGCUCCAAAAGACGCAGCUUCUACUACUACCUUAUCAAAGACAGAGCCUGAUGUAGCAUCUCUCUCAUUUGGUUCCUUAAGUACAAGCGAUGAGAAGAAGACAGAGGCAUCUAAACCUGCUGCUGCCGCUCCCACCACAGCAUCUGCUUUUGGCUCCACAAGCACACUAGGAAGUGGUGGCUUUAGUUCACUUGCCAAAAACACUGUUCCAGGCGCAAAAUCUCCAUCCACUACUAUACCCUCCUCUUUAUUCAGUAAGAGUGCUGCUCCAGCAGCUGCAACACCCUCUGCCAACACAGCUACUAUGAUUGCAGCAGCCACACCACCAUCUUUGUUUGGCUCAACAUCGACUAUAAAAGCGCCUGCUACAAGUGCAUUUGGAUCAACAUCGAGUCUUGGAUCUGGCGGCUUUGGUUCAUUAGCAAAAAACACUGUGUCUGGUGCCAAGUCUCCAGCAGCAACACCGCCUACUUUUGGCACAUCCACAUCAUUUGGAGCACCUGCUUCUACAAAAACGACCACUACCGCGUCAACUACUAGUACACCAUCUGCCUCUGCAACCAUUACUACUUCAGCUCCCGCAGUUACUAUCACAUCCAAGCCAGCAGUAAUCACUCCCGUCGUACCAUCCAAACUUACAGCUAUCUCGGCUCCUGCUACAACAACCGCAUCCCAACCGCAGACGCCAGCUGAAAUCACAACUAGUAAGCCACCAGCCGAGAAAUUGAAGCCUACAGAAGAAGAAGGAAUGGCCAAGGAAUACGAGGAGCUCUACAUCAAAGUGACAGAAGAGAUUGAACGGUUGAAGGAGUAUCAUAGCAAGCUGACACUUGCUGUCAAGGCUUGUACAAUGCCUUUGGAAGCCAAGUCUGUGUCCAACUUGCAAGUCAAAGAGGUGUCAUGGAAUCUCAGUGAUGCUCAAGAGCUUGGCAACAUUGCUAAUGAACUCAAUGCCGAUAUCAAGAACCAAGGGGCCGCACUUCAACAAAUAAAACAGCAAGUACAUGCCUUGAUUCAAAACUGCAAAAAAUCAAUGGACAAGAAGGAAGACAUCAAAUACCUCUUGGGUAAGGACUUUGACUCCAAGGUGGUUGAUAUCCUGGACAGCCGAGAAUUGGAUGUAGAGACAAAGAAAACAUUUAUCGAAUUGCAGAGCAAAUCAAAAGCAUGUGGCAAUGUCCUCAACGAUUUGGAGUUCAAAACAGAAGAAAACAAGAAGCGAAACAGGAUCAGAAAUGCGCACAAUGCUGGCUCACUUUCCAUGUAUACACUUCAUCGUGCCAUCCGUGAUAUUGAACGAGAAAUUGUGCAUAAAGAAGACACAUUGACUGAACUUGGAGAACAGCUUGCAGCCAUCAAAUUGACAGACAGUCGAAUCAAAGCAAGACGAGGCGCGAUUGGUAUUUCAUGCGACGAUCUGUCUGAUUCUGAGCAAGAAGAAGACGAGCAAAGCUACCACACCAAGCCUACAGUUAUUGAGCACACGGCGAGAUAUCUGCGCCGAUACCAGUUCUUGGACACUGUCUGUGAUGAACUCACUAAAUCAGGACCCGUUUACACUUGCAUUGAAUAA